GCAGUAUUUUAACGUCUUCCAACCUGGCGAAUGUCGUACCUAUCAAAAUUUGAUUGCAAAUCAGCUAGAGUUAAAGGUAAUGUUUUUUAGUCUCGUGUUAAAUGACUAACUCAGCUUUGUCAACGCAAAGUGAAUUUUCGGUUAAUUUGUAGUCCUUUCAUGGAAAAUGUGUAUCUGUGAUUGUAAGCGUGAAUACACGUUAGUACGAGUUUGAUUAAUAGGGCAUGCAGUCAUCUGCCCACCUAUUUCUACUCUAAUACUAUAAGCUUGUUCUCUUCAUUUAAUUAUUUUAUGACGCAUAGCGAGACUGCACACUAUUAUUAUUUAUAUUUGAUUAGUAUUGCAAUGUUAAUCAAAGUAAUUUGGUCAAUGGCUUUAUCUAUUUAAAUAUUUAAACACAAACAUUGGCACAAGGAGCCACUAUAUUAUAUAUGUGUCAUACUUCAUCAAUCUAUUUGUCAGUUAGUUCAAACGUAUUUCGGAAAUGACCUCAUGUUCAUAUUCGACCCACUAAUACUUUGAGUAGACCAUACUCACAAACUGGAUAAAUUAACACAAGGAAACAUUCAAAUGCUUGUAAAAAACCGCAUCGUUUUAGUUGUGCGACAUGCUACGACUAGUUCAUAUCAGUUGUUUUCACUAUAAUUUCAAUAUGAGUUUAGAAUAUAAACUAUUGCUUUGGUUAUAAUGAAUGCAAAAUCGCACCAUGUUCAGAAGUUACUCAUUUCGUAAUGCCCCUAGACAGGCUAUUGCUGAUAAACUGCUCACAACGGGACUCCAGAAAGUCUUAUUUAAAAAUAAUCUUGUUAACUAAAGAGACAGACCUCAGUUUGAUAUUAUUGGAAAUGUGCCAUAUAUAAAAAUUUCGGUCUAGUUGUGGUGAUUCCUAAAUUGCUAAUGCAGGUUCAAUUUUUAGUAAUCCUUUUCUGGUAUGCUAUAACACCUGUAGUUAUUUUGCUAUUCCCAUCACUAUAAUAGUGUCAAUUUAAUAUUGGUUCCGUUCAGUAUCUAGAAGAUAAAAUCAAAAGAUAACAGCUCAACUAAGUAUUAUUUUACUCAGUACCUUCAUUGACAUUCUAGCGUGAAUGUAGAACUUAAUUUUCAUUGUAUUUGCGGGGGGUGGUUUUACCAGCUAACAAUUCAACAGUACGAAGUAGGUGCCUUGUAAUAUUUAGACUAAACCGGGGUGAUUCUCAAUUAUCUUUCAAGUUGUUCUAACCUGUUUGUUUCAGUCAUUUAAAGUGAUGGUUCCAUUAUUAUUUUCCAUCCUUAUGUACAAGUAUGCACUUAACUUUUUCAACUUUCCUGAACAUACAGUUAGUUGCGACAUCUGUUUGGUAUUUUUGUCACUACCAAAAUAAUUUGCUACAUGCUUUUCCAGUGGUAUAUGCCAUUUGUUUAGCACUUUUCAUACUAAAAUGAAUUUGUAAAUGCUUCACCUUAUAGGAUUAGCUUUUCAUCCUAAAAGACCAUGGAUUCUUAGCAGUUUGCAUACAGGAAUUAUACAGUUAUGGGAUUAUCGAAGUUGUACGCUUAUUGAAAAGUUUGAAGGGCAUGAGGGUCCUGUUCGAGGCAUCGACUUCCAUGCCAACCAGCCUUUGUUUGUUUCAGGCGGAGAUGAUUAUAAAAUCAAGGUGUGGAAUUACAAACAGCGAAAGUGUUUGUUCAAUCUGAUUGGUCACUUGGACUACAUAAGAACGACAUUCUUUCAUAAAGAAUAUCCGUGGAUCCUAAGCUCUUCAGAUGAUCAGACAAUUCGUAUUUGGAAUUGGCAGUCACGAGCUAUAGUAUCUAUUUUAACUGGACAUAGCCAUUAUGUUAUGUGUGCUCAAUUCCAUCCAAGAGAAGAUCUUAUUGUAUCAGCAUCUUUAGAUCAAACUGUGCGCGUUUGGGAUAUGUCAGGUCUGCGGAAGAAAAGUGUAGCUCCGUCGUCAUUGUCAAGUAUUGAGGACCACUCGCGACAUUUCACAGGGUCUUCUGGUUCUGGUGUUUCUGGUUCAAAUCUAUUUGGUCCAAGUCAUACAGAGUUGUUUGGAACAACUGAAGUAAUUGUUCGUCAUGUGCUUGAAGGUCACGACCGUGGGGUGAAUUGGGUAGCUUUUCAUCCAACUUUACCAAUAGUUGUAUCUGCAGCAGAUGAUCGACUUAUUAAAAUUUGGAGAAUGACUGAAUCAAAAGCUUGGGAAUUGGAUACACUUCGUGGUCAUUUUAACAAUGUUAGCUGUGUUGUGUUUCAUCCCAGACAAGACUUGUUACUUUCUGAUUCUGAGGAUAAAUCUAUCAGAAUAUGGGAUUUAGCCAAACGAACUUGUGUGUCAACUAUUCGUCGAGAUUCAGAUAGAUUUUGGGUUUUAAACGCUCAUCCGAAACUAAAUCUAUUUGCUGCUGGUCAUGAUACAGGAUUUGUUGUUUUCAAGUUGGAACGUGAGAGACCUGCAUUUACAGUAUAUAAAGAUUAUAUGUUCUAUGUGAAGCUUCCUCAUUUAAGACGAGUUGACUUUGCUGUUACCAAAGAUGUUCCCGUUAUUCAAUUACGAGAAGGUCGUGGUCAAGCUGUAAGUGUUGGUUACAAUCCAAUUGAGAAUGCCAUGUUAGUCUUAAGUCGGCCACGUCAAAGUGAACUAAACGCAUCAGCUAAUAUGUCCAUAACAAGUGGAACUAGUAUGGUCUAUGAUUUGUAUAUGUUACCUAAAACAAUGGGUAGUAGUAAUAGUCAACCUGAACAUGUUGAAAGUCGGUCAGGUAGCGGAAUCGCUGUCGCUUGGAUUGGUCGUAAUAGAUUCGCAGUUUUGGAAAGUUCUGGAUCAAUUGUUAUAAAAAAUCUUUCAAAUGAAAAUGUUAAAAAAGUAUCUUAUUCUGGUGUUGAUCAAUUUUUUUAUGCUGGAACUGGUAAUUUAUUAAUUCGUGAUUCUAAUGGGAUCAGUCUAUGUGAUGUUGCAAAUAAACGUACUUUAUCAACAUUGAAACAUAUCAAGUACAUUCGUCAUGUUAUUUGGUCACCUGAUGGUCAAUAUGUUGCUAUGUUCACUAAACUAUACCUUUAUUUAUGUGAUCGACAUCUGGAAGUCAAAGCUACUGUACAUGAAACUGUUAGAAUUAAAAGUGGGGCUUGGGAAGAACAUGGCGUUUUCGUCUAUACAACAAGUAAUCAUAUUAAAUAUUGCCUCUUAAAUGGCGAUUAUGGAAUAAUUCGAACACUUGAAUUACCUGUUUACAUUACACGAGUUCGUGGCAAUUCAGUAUAUUGUAUAGAUAGAGAUUGUUCACCACUUGUAUUCACCAUAGAUCCUACAGAGUUUCGUUUCAAAUUAGCUCUAGUUAAUCGUCGCUAUGAGGAAGUUCUUCAUAUGGUUCGUAAUUCAAAUCUUGUCGGGCAAGCUAUAAUUGGUUACUUAGAAAAGAAAGGUUAUCCAGAAGUCGCACUACAUUUUGUCAAAGAUACACGAACAAGAUUUUCAUUAGCUAUGGAUUGUGGUCAAUUAGAUGUUGGCUUAGAAGCUGCUCAAGCAUUGGAUGAUAAAGCUUGCUGGGAAAGACUUGGUGAAUUAGCUUUGAAACAAGGUAAACUACAAUUAGUGGAAAUGACUUAUCAACGAGUUAAAAAUUUUGAUAAACUCACAUUCCUAUAUUUGAUUACUGGAAAUUUGGAAAAAUUAAGAAAAAUGAUGAAAAUUGCUGAAAUUCGAAAAGACACAUCAAGUCAUUAUCAUAUUGCAUUACUUUUGGGUGAUGUUGCUGAACGUGUAAAACUACUACGUAAUUGUGGACAGAAACCACUUGCCUAUCUUACCUCUGCUACACAUGGUCUUCAACAGGAAACCAAAGAGUUGGAGGAACAGCUCACUGCAUUAUCGUUACAAUCUGUACCAGGUGAUUCAAAUGUUUCUUUUGUACCGGAAAUCGAUUCAAAUGCCAGCUUAAUAAUACCAUCACCGCCUAUUCUUCGAGCUGAUAAAAUUACUGAUGGAAAACCUUCAGAAACUGAUUGGCCUCUUCUAAGUAUACAAUUAGAUUUCUUUGAAACAGCAAUAGCUCAACGUCGAAAUGCUGCAUUAAAGUCAAAUAAUAAAAAUGAUGAACAAGAUAGCAAACUAAUUGGUACUUCUGUGGCAUCAGCCAGUUUACUUUUAGAUACAGAAGAUGUACCUGAAGGCGCUUGGGGAAAAGAUGCAAAUCUUGAAAUUGAUGAACCAAAUGAACUCGAUGAUGAAUUAGAUAUUGGUGGUGAUACAGUAAAUACAAAUGAAACUGGUGAUAAAAAUCCAGAGGAUGGUGGUUGGGAUAUUAAUGAUGCUGAUUUAGAGUUGCCAUCUGAUAUUCAAAAUUCCAGUACAGUUUUAACAAAUAAAAAUGAGAAUACAUAUGUUGCUCCAUCACCUGGUCGACCUAAUAGUUAUUUGUGGAGUGAAAAUUCUAAUUUACCAGCUGACCAAAUUAUGGCGGGAAAUUGGAUCAACGCAAUGCGUCUACUCAAUGCUCAGGUUGGAGUUGUCAACUUUGAACCGUAUAAAACAAUUUUUAUGAAUUUGUUCAGUGCAUCUCGUAUAAUGUGUAUGGCUUUACCAUUGGUACCAUCACAGUUUGCAUAUCCUCAACGCAACUGGAAAAAGGUUUCAUCGACAUCUGCUUUACCAGCUCCUGUAAUAAGUCUAAAUGACUUAAUAACUCGUCUACAAACAGCAUAUCAAUUAACAACUAAAGGGAAAUUUCAAGAUGCUAUUAAUCGUUUUCGAAUGAUUUUAUUAUCUAUUCCAUUAUUGGUAGUUGAUUCACCAUCGGAAGAAUCAGAAGCUCGUAGUUUAAUCAAUAUUUGUAGAGAAUAUAUUGUGGGUUUAUCCAUGGAAAUGACACGUAAAUCUAUGCCAAAGGAUACAAUAGCUGAACAGAUUCGUAAUGCUGAAUUAGCAUGUUAUUUUACACAUUGUCGUUUGGAAACACCACAUCUUAUAUUAACUCUUAGAACAGCAUUGAAUUUAUUGUAUAAACUGAAAAAUUAUCGAUCCGCUGCAACUAUGGCAAGACGUUUAUUAGAUUUGGCACCAUCCAUAGAAGUUGCUCAACAAACACGUAAAAUUUUACAAGCAUGUGAAUCAGUAACACCAAAUGAAGAUUCGCAUACAUUAAGUUAUGAUCCUUUAAAUCCUUUCGAUAUAUGUGCUGCUACUUAUACUCCUAUCUAUCGUGGUAAGGAUUCCGUACGUGAUCCUCUAAGUGGAGCAUACUAUGUACCAAUGAUGAAGGGUCAACUAUGCCGUGUAACUGGGGUUACAGAAAUAGGUAUUGAACACCAAGGGUUAGUAAUUCGAUCAAAUCGUUCUUAACAACUUGAUGGUCUUUGAUCAUCUACAUGUUAGUUUAUAAUGAUGAAUGAAAUCAGCCUGUAUGUUUAAAUAAUUUGAUAAUCCCUCAUUUGUACUCUGUGAUCACUUCUUUUCUCACCUAUCACCUCCUUUUGUUUUGCUCUUUAAUAUAAUAAACGGUGUAAUUCAUUUUUGGUUUGGUCUGUAUUUGCAAAAUAAAAGUUUUUUCUAAUAUUG